AUGGCAGUAGUAAAUAAGAAUCAUGAUUUUCGAAAAAUGAACCCUUUGGAAAAACGUCUGUCUAAGGAACAAAGGAACUUGGAGAUCAGUCUGGAUCAAAAGACUGGUUCUGAGCUUGUCUCUUCAAAUAUUUUCCUCCAUGGAUACUUCAGUGCCUCCAUUAAACUACCAAGAAGCCAGGGCACUGUAGGAGUUGUGGUUGCGUUUGAUUCCAUGAAUCAAGAUAGAUACAGCAAGAACCAGGACGAAGUGACCUUCGAGAUCUUAGGAAACGUCAAAGGCAAAGAGUGGGCGGUUCAGACCAAUGUUCAUGGCAAUACAACCAUCAGAAACAGCACCAGUAAAGGAAGAGAAGAGCGCUACACCCUCCGGUUCGACCCAUCUGCAGAUUUUCACAAGUACAGUAUCUUCUGGACUGAAAACCAUAUCAUAUUUUAUGUUGAUGAUGUCCCCAUAAGAUUGUUCAUGAGGAUAAAAGCCAUAGGAAACUACUUCAUCGCUAGUCCAAUGUAUGUGCAUGGCUCAAUAUGGGACACGUCAGAUUGGACCACUGAUGGAGGAAAACAGAAAGUGGAUUACAGGUAUGGCCCAUUUACUGCUACAAAAAGAUUGAAGCAGUUGGCUCAAACAAUUACGGGCUCCCCUCCAAAGAAUCUUGGCCUGGAUAACUCAGUCUCUGAUGCAGUUAAGGGAGUUAGUUUAUCUUCUCAUCUGGUAGAUACACUUUAUGCAACCCCUCCUGCCCCUUCUCCAGCUCCAUCUACAGAACCACAUGAUUAUACAGGACCAUCUCCUUCCCCAUAUGCCAAUCUUUCUGCAUCAUACCCUUCAGUUCUAUCACCUGACACCCAUCAUGCCUGA